ACCCCUGUUCUCUCUCCUUCUUUCUCUCAAUCUCUGAGCUUACUCUCUCCGUGCAUUUCCUCUUCACUCUCAACCUGCUGGGUUUGAUGCUAUUCCUGAAACUCCUCUCCCACCAUUGCUCUCCUUAUCCUUGAUCAUCGGAAAUGAAAACCUCUUCUGUCAAGUACACCGAGCACAAACAGGUCACUAAUAAGCUCGUUAAAUGCAGUGACUCAAACUCUACCAGAGUAGUUCGGAUUUAUGUUACAGAUGGUGACGCAACGGAUUCCUCCAGCGAUGAGAAUGACAACUUAAUGUGCAGCCAUCAACGAAUCAAGAAACAUAUCAACGAGAUAAGAAUUGAAGAUUGUGUGGAAUAUGCAAUUGGAAGAGGCUCUGAGAAUUCAAAAUCGAGGUUUAACAAACAACCACUGAGAAAAAACACUAGAGAUCAGCGGUAUUAUCCAGAGGGUAAGAAGUACCGCGGGGUUCGACAAAGGCCAUGGGGAAGAUUUGCCGCUGAGAUCAGGGAUCCUUUCCGGAGAACUAGAGUAUGGUUAGGGACGUUUGACACUGCGGAGGAAGCUGCCAUGGUUUAUGACAGGGCUGCCAUUAAGAUUAAAGGGCCAAACGCUCUCACCAAUUUCAUAAAAGCACCUGUGAGAACUCUUUCCCCAGAUAUUGAUAUUGCUGCAAUUUCUGAAUAUGAUUCUGGUAUGGACUCUCGCAGUCUGAGUUCUCCGACAUCUGUUCUUAGAUUUCAAUACACGGAAGAAGUUGGAAAUGAGCCACAAGUUUUGGAGGGUAAUGAGAGCAGACCAGUUGAAGAAAUGAAAGAGAAAGAGUGUGAUUGGAGAUUGAAUCAGGAAAUAGAGGAAAAGGAUUGGAGAUCCAUCCAGGGUGUACGGGAAGAAGACCCAGUUGAUUGUUGUUUUGAAGAGUUGUUGAAUUUUGAGAAUUAUGCUCCGACACUUUUGGAUGAAUGUAUUCUACAAGAUACAGUUUUAACAGAGGGUUUUGUCGAUGUUGAUGGAGAUUUUGGGUCAUGUUUAUGGGACGUAGAUGAAUACUUUUGAGGGCUAAAGCUUGCAAAAUUGGGUAUAUGGAGUGGGUAAAUUCCGAGUGGAGUUUUGGAUACUUUGCUUGCAUUAUUAUUAUUAUUUUUUCUUUUAAUUUACUUGAAGUUUCUCCAGGGGUAUGCAAAGUACUGCAAUGCAAAGACCUGUAAAUUUCGCUUUAAUUAUUAUUAUUCUUGCUUCUUUCUUGUUUACAAGUUUCAGAGUUCAAAAUUUGUUGAAGGAUUUGGUUGGUUUUUGGCU